AGUACUGUUCUUCCUUGACGAAGAAGACAAGGCGCAUAAAGACGACAGUGACCAACUUUACGCACCGCAAUGGAAAUCUUUGAAAGACACCUUGAAGAAGGAAAAAGCUUUUCGAGAGUUGGCCAAACGGCUUUCCGAUGAAACAAGACGAGUAGGAAAUGAUCAAGAGGGAGAUCAGAAUUUCUAUUUUAAGCGACUCAUUCGUUCAUUGUUGAAGUCUGGUGUCUGGGAAAGGUAUCGGGGUAUCAUUCCUCGCUCAUUGCAAGUUGCUGUUAUCAGCUGUGCAGGUAUUGCAGUACAUCAUUUGUCCACGGUGAUGACUACAGUAGAUGAUGUUGUUAGUCUAGUAGAUAAAACGGGAGGCAGGAUCGUAAUGGUGGGUCUGGCUGCUGUCUAUCUCACCUGCAGUGCUUAUGUUAAUAUCCGUCGUUGGUGGAGAGAUGAAAUAUCAGGAGAACGAUGCAUAAAAAAUUUGCUGGAUACAACGUUCACAAUAGGAGCAGGUGUAGUGGGAGGUUUUGCAGGAGCUGCCAUUGGAUCAUUCGUGGCGGGACCUUUUGGGGCUGCAAUCGGAAGUCUAGUUGGUGGAUGGGUCUCGGCAGCUGGAAUGAAGUGUCUCUCUGAUGUCAUGACACGCAGGAUGUUUGGGUUACCAAAAGAAGAAGCUGUGGAAAAUGCUUAUCGAUAUUUGGGUGUGGAAAUGGCUGAUUCUAACGCAGAGAUUAACACCGCAUUUCGCAAGUUGUGUCUAAAACACCAUCCAGACAAGGGAGGAAACGAAGCUGACUUUUUCAUCGUUCAAUGUAAUAUGGGAAUAAUUAGACAAGCUAGAGGAGAAUUCUAA